CUUUUAGUCCUCGCUAACAACAUUGAAAUUAGUUUUGUCAAUUUCAAUACAAAAACAGAUCCCCUUCUAAAUUAUUGUAGCUUCCAAUUUUAUUUUAUUUUAUUUUUAUUUUUAUUUUUAAAAAUACACAAAAAGACUCCUUUUGCUGAACGCUAAUUUUCUGAAAAGUCAGCUAACUUUUUCUUUCACAGCACCUUCAGAUUUUCAACUCUGCUCUUUGUUGAGUUUUUGUUUUCAUAUCUAUGGAAUUUGAUUGAAUUUCUGUAUCAAAUAAUGAAAACCAAAGACAUCAUCAAGAGCAUGAUGAAACCUUUGAAAUUCUACACUCACAAAGAAGGAUCAAAAGAAGCAGAUUUGCAGAAGAUUGCAGCCCAAGAACAAAAGCAAUUUUCCUUUGACACAUUAGUUAAAGCAACUGAUAAAUUUCAUCCUUCUCACAAGCUUGGUGAAGGGGGUUUUGGUCCUGUUUUUAAGGGUAAAUUAUUGGAUGGAAGAGAGAUAGCGGUUAAAAUGCUGUCACAGCAUUCGAGACAAGGGCAAAAGGAGUUCAUCAAUGAAGCAAAGUUGUUGGCUCGUGUGCAGCAUAGGAAUGUUGUGAAUUUGUUGGGGUAUUGUACACAUGGUGAAGAUAAGCUUCUUGUUUAUGAAUAUGUCUCUAAUGAGAGCCUUGACAAACUUCUCUUCAAACCAGAUAAGCGGCAACUACUUGAUUGGAAGAAACGGUAUGAAGUUGUAGCAGGCAUAGCUAAAGGAUUGCUUUACCUUCAUGAAGAUUCACAUAGUUGCAUCAUUCAUCGCGACAUCAAAGCCAGCAAUAUCUUACUUGAUGAUAAAUGGAUCCCUAAAAUUGCUGAUUUUGGCAUGGCUCGCCUCUUUCCUGAAGACCAAACACAUGUAAAUACUAGGGUUGCGGGUACCAAUGGUUAUAUGGCUCCGGAAUAUGUCAUGCAUGGGCAUUUGUCAGUGAAAGCUGAUGUAUUCAGUUUUGGAGUGGUGGUGUUGGAGCUGAUUAGUGGUCAGAAGAACUCUUCAUACAACCUAGCCCUUGAUACUCAUAAUUUACUUGAAUGGGCUUACAAGCUUUUCAAGAAAAGUAAAAGUCUGGAAGUGCUGGAUCCAUCAAUAGCAAGCACAGCGGAUGCUGAACAAGUAGCUCUAUGUGUUCAAAUUGGGCUAUUGUGUACUCAAUCAGAUCCCAAUUUAAGGCCAUCAAUGCGGCGUGUGGUGGUUUUGCUGUCAAAGAAACCAACAAGUCUGGAAGAGCCAACCAGGCCAGGCUUCCCCGGUUCAAGGUAUCGGAGGUCUCGACCUCCAGGGGCAUCAUCAUCUCAAACUGCUUCUACGGGUGCAUCUUCCUCAACCAAAACAGAUGGCACUCAUGGCACCACCAGUACGAUGACUGUUACUGCUACUACCACCACUGCUAGGAGUCUAGGGUCAGAUCCUCGUGGUAAACGGCCUGUGGGAUAGCGUGAAUAAUAUUUUUCAAGGAUAAUUUAGUAGAAAUAGUGAAAGAAAGAGAUAAGUUAAAUAGAAGGGAGUAGGAGCUGAUCGUUAUUCUUUUUUAAAUUGUGUAAAUAGUUUGUUAUUUUGUUGUUUUAAUACUUUCUAGGAAUGUAAAUGAAAUUAAAUUGAAAGAGAGUAGGAACAUAUUCCUGUAGUUUGUUUUCGUAAUUCAAUUAAUUUAUAGCAUUUUUUUAA